GACCUUUAUAAUAUUAAACAGUGAGAUGCCGCCACAGGUUGUGUUCUAUUCAAAUGACAAGUUGUUUGGAUAUUAUCAGGUUGUAGGGGCAAGAAAAAUCCCUUUAAAGUAUAUGUAAGAAAUAUUUUACAAAAAUGACGAGGAUUCAAUGGUCUUUGACGAGAGCUCCAAGGGCUCUGAGGUUAAAUCUUCAGCAAAGGUGGUCUCGAACACGAAUCGUCUUCAAAUCGUUAUUUUAUAAUCACUUUCUGAAUUGGAGCUAUGUCUGUGAUAUUCUAAUGGAACCAAUGUUUUGGUUCGUAGAGAAUUUUACUGCCUGUCUUGGACCGGUCAUGGUGGUGAUGGUGACACUGUUGACUGCUUCCAUAGUAUACAUUGCUUAUUGGAUAGGAUUGCCAUACUGGUGGGACAAGAGUCCGGGAAUGACUGUGGCACUAUUAAUCAUUGGGAAUUGGUUGCUUAUAAAUGUUUGUUUUCACUAUUAUAUGGGUGUGAAUGUCCCAGCAGGUUAUCCACCACAGGGUGGCCUCAUUCCAGAGGCUGUGAGCAUAUGCAAAAAGUGCAUACAACCAAAGCCACCCAGGACGCAUCACUGCGCUGUAUGCAACAGAUGUGUUCUCAAAAUGGAUCAUCAUUGCCCAUGGCUCAACAAUUGUGUAGGGCAUUACAACCACAGGCACUUUUUCCAAUACAUGGCCUUUACUGUUGUCGGAAUCCUAUUCAUCAUGAUAUUCGGCAUCGAAAUCGCAUAUCAGGAAUUCUUUCCAGCACAAGAGCCUGAUCUGGAUGGUCAUCCUGUGCGAAUAAACGAUACAAUGAUAAUACCCGUGACAGAAUCUUUGGAUCACCUAAGCGCGGAAGAGCUCGCUGAGAUAGCGAAGCAAGCAGCCGAAACAAAGAUGAAAGAAUUGAGACGCAAAGUGAUCAUUUAUGCAGCCCUUGUAUGCUUAGCUACCUUUGCAGCUCUUGGAGCACUUGCCUGGUGGCACGCCUGCCUCAUCGCCCGAGGAGAAACGAGCAUAGAGGCCCGUAUUAAUAGUACAGAGUCACUUAAGUACGAAGCCCAGGGUAGAGUAUACAGAAAUCCUUAUGACUUUGGGCCUAGAGAGAACUGGAAACUUUUUUUGGGACUUAACGGAAGAAGCUGGUGGCACAUACUUUUUCCUUCAAUUCAUGGUCCGUAUGGAGAUGGUCUCACGUGGCGAACCAUUCAAGAUAUGAAGACAUCUUGACGUUCCUAGUAGUAUGAUGUAUAGAUCAAAAAGAAAAUUAAUCAACUUACCGAAUUCCGUAACACCCCAGCCGGUGAUUGUGGCAUUUCUGGGCACGUUGUCGUACUGUUGAUGAAGGCAAGCUGGUUUUAUUUGGUACCCAAAUGUUGCUGGUCUGGCCAGU